UAGCGGCAACAUAACCUCCAAGCCCCGAGGUCCCCUUUCCUAAUCCGUCUCGUCGAUCGCGGUCGCGCCAAUCCGGCUGAUCCACCCUCAGGUCGGAGGAGGCAUGCGGUACGAUUAAUUCGCCAGCUGAGAGAUUUCUUUUUUUAUUAUGUCGAGGCUACGUGCGCGGAUAAGCAAAUGAAAAGGAUAUGACUUGUCAUGAUAUCGUCCUUUCGCCUAGUCAGAUGCGAGAUUUCAUGGUACGACUCAACUGUGAAUGUUCUGUAGAUGCAACCUAACGAACGAUAACCUCGCUAAAGGAGUCCUAAUAAACUAGUGGGAAUGGGCAAUUGUUUGUGUAAGGAUACUCCAGGCAUAUACGACAUUGAGACAUACGGCAGCAAUCAUGCAGAAGCUCAGAGUACCAUAAUACCAGAGCCGAGUAUAAGCAUAGUUUCGUGUAGCGACUCGGCGUCCCCUUCCUUUAAAUUUCCCACUUCAGCUAACAUUGACAAGCUCGUGCUGGAGACACUGGGCAGUCUCGACACUCUGGUAGAUAAUGAUCACGAGCCACCGCCAGCAAUGCUCAAGUUGAAUGCCAUUGCUGACAAGGAAGAUGGCUGGAUACAAGUAGUCAGUUCUAUGGUCAACGUUAUUCCAAUGAAUAAUCCGUUGGGCCCUUCGGUUAUAAUAUUAUUACUGGAUGAUUGCCCUUUACCUUCAAAGGAUUCUGUGCUACGAUUAUCAGACAUGUUUCAAUUGCCUCAAAAACUUGGACAGAUACAAAUUACAACUACACAGCAGCGCAAUAUAUGUGUAGUACUUGGCUGUAUCGCAGAGAAGCUUGCUGGUCCUAGUAGUAUUGCAAUAUUAUCUGACGCUACUUUAGAUUAUCUAGUUUCGAAUCUACGCAAAGAAGUUGAGCCUUAUGUAAUGUUAUAUUCUUUGAUAGCACUAGAGAAGUUUGCGCAGACAAGUGAGAAUAAAGUAACUAUUAAGAAACGCCUUAUGGCGGAAAGACAAAAUCCAUUACUGGAAUUGGAAAAGUGGGCCACGGAGACGCAUUAUGUACGUCGGCAAGUUGGUUUCUGUGCACAGUGGUGUUUAGAUAACUUAUUCUUAAUGGAAGGUAGAAAAUAUUCCCACAACUCCGUCGAUGUGACGGGUAUUAAUGUAAUGUUAAAUACGAAAGAUGUAAGCGAGUACCUGAAAAUAUCACCUAAUGGUUUGGAGGCACGAUGUGAUGCAUAUUCCUUUGAAAGUGUACGAUGUACAUUUCAAGUAGAUUCAGGAAUAUGGUAUUAUGAAACAUUGAUAAUAACUACGGGAGUUAUGCAGAUCGGCUGGGCCACAAAGGACAGCACGUUUCUAAAUCAUGAGGGAUAUGGUAUAGGGGACGAUGAAUUUUCUUUGGCCUACGAUGGCUGUCGCAGACUGAUUUGGUAUAACGCGCGGAGUGAAAAGUUUCACGACAGACCAUGUUGGAAAUCUGGCGAUAUCUUGGGUUGCUUAUUGGAUUUAAACAAAUUGGAGAUAAUAUUCUCGAUUAAUGGUGUACCACUUAAACCGUGCAUUCAAGUAUUUAAGACAGUAAGGUCUGGAUUCUUUGCAGCGGCUAGUUUCAUGUCAUUCCAACAAUGUCUAUUUAAUUUUGGACAUGUACCUUUCAAAUAUCCGCCCACUGAUCGAGAAUUUCAAAAGUUUAAUGACUACGCUACAUUGAAAGCAGAAGACAAGAUCAUACUUCCUAGGCACAUAUACCUAGACCAAUUACGAAGGCUUAGUGUCAGGGAGGAUUCCUGUACGUUAUGUUUCGAUCAGAGGGCAUCGGUGAGGUUACUGCCAUGCAACCAUAGAGGAUUUUGCCAAAGGUGUUCAAAACAGUUGAUUGAAUGCCCCAUGUGUAGGGCUACCAUUGAAGAAGUAGCAUGCUCAGAUAACAUAUGACAUCGAUCAUCUCAUAUCAAUCUUAACAAUUUCUUUCAUUUCCUUCAUGUCAUGCAAUUUUUAUGGAAAUAUCACGAGAUAAUCAUCAUUAUAGAUAGUUAUUUACGCCGUGUAUUGUAUACAGUUAUCACGUGUCACAUAGUAUUUUUCUCGAUGCAAUACGGUGCAUUAAUAAAUAGAAGAAACUGCAAAUUAAUUAAUGUAGAAACAAGAAUUCCGUGAUAGUACGUUGCAAAGAUUUGAAUAAGUUUCUAUUUUAAAAAAAUCAAAUGUUUUACCAAGACAAAACAUUCUCCUUUUCCAUACUUGUCUAUACUUUUUCUACUCUAUAGCUUUACAGUAAGAUACUUUAUGGUUUAAAUAAUAUCCUCAUUAAAGUGAUUAAAGUGAGGUAUAAAUGACUAUAUCAUAAAUUAAUACGAUUAAUGAAAUAGAUGCGAGAGAAAGUUGUAAGGAAUAGAUUGGAGAAAAUGAUUAAUCCGAGAAGAGCUCAAGUUCCACAUGAAAACACGUGUUUCGUGUAAACACUUUUGAGAUAAGUAUUACGUAUUUGUUAUCAUAAGAAAUGUAAUAGUGAAAACUUGGUACAAGCCCUGGUCUUCUUGAUAUCAAAUACAAUGAUUGCUCUAUCGAUUGUGUAUAGAUUUCUCGCUUUGAAACUUGUGACUGAAUCAUCAAAUUCGAAAGGUUCUUUAAUCGUUAACUCGAUAAUGUAUUUCCUCUAUUAGCAAAAGUUGAGAUUAUAUCUUGAAGCUGUUUAAAUUCUUAACAAGUUGCGUAAGUGAACAUUUACAACUAGUGAUCUAAUGUAAGUUUAUUUUUAAGGAAUUGUGAAAUACUUGAUAGUAUACAUUAUAUCAAAAGUACAUACACCACAUUCACACACAUACAUACACAUAUAUUAUAUUCUUGGGAAGAU